AUGGCCUCCUUGUGUGAAUCUUCCCACUCGUUACCGCCUCCCGUUGAUCUCACCUACGGCCCUCCGCUUGACCAUAUCCACUUGUAUCACUUGUGGAAAACAGCUUCCCAUACUGGCAGACUGGGCAAGACUGGCAUAUCUCCUCGUGCUGAAAACCGCCUGUGGCGUUUAUUGAACGAAAAGCUUCUUUGCCAGCGCCACAGACUGGCUUCUUCUUCGAUGGCACUCCAAGAAGUGCCUUUACCGCCCAAGGCAGACAAACUGUCCCAAACACGAGCUGCCGAGGCUUCCAACCAACACCUAGACGCUUCUGAAGGUCUACCCUCGAGCCGCCCUUCGCUUUUCCUGAAGGAUCUGAAACCAUACGCCCUGGACUCUGGCGAUGAGACCUCUGACCUUUCUGAGGACGAUGAUGAUGAUGAUGAUGACCACGACUGGAAGUCUUAUAACGGCAACUUGAGCCCGCUGCAUAUCCCUCCAGAGACUAGUCGACGGCAACGUCUCCCCCAGCCCUCGGCAGGACCCUGUUGUUCUCGGUACUUGGAACUGACCCUGUCACAACUGGACCAACUGGCGACCCGCUCGCUUUCUCCACCCAAAGUCACUCCUCCUGAUCCAAAGAAGAAUAUCUUUUUUAUUGAAAAUACCCCUUCUCCUUCGGCUCGUUCGUCUAACGAUAGCAGAAACUCGGCUACUUUUCAGUCCGGUGGUACCGGGCACACCUCCGCUACAACCCAUGAAAUUUCUAAUUCCCUUCAGGCAACUACAUCUUCGCCUACGAAAGAGACUUCAUCUGCUGACGAAGCCAAGGCGGAGCUCGCUCCACCGCUUAACGCUCUUCACGCUCCUUUCAAACGUCAGGAUUCUCUCUUUAGCGCUCAACAUCUACGCAGAGCUACUCCUGACGAUGUGUCGAGUGUUUCAUCAUCUGAGCUUUCUGAGGACGAAGAGAGAGACGACCUUCAUGAACUUCGGAUUCGUCAGCCUUCUACUGUGUCGAAGCUGAGCAGAAGCAUGAAAUCAGAUAACGAGAGUGAAUGGGUGUCCAUAUCAUCUGAAGACGAGAAGAACGGCCAGGGCUCGCCUUCCAAACCACUUACCUUUGCCAAGGUCAUUCCUGUUCCUGUUCCCCUUCCUAAAGCUUCGACUACUGACGCUGCUGAUUUAUCAACUGAGACUGUCAAACCUUCGCCCCUCACAAAACCCAGAUCGCUUCUAUCGGGUCUCUUCCUUAAUUCCAUGGGCGAGCAGAAGGGUGGCUCUCCUACCGGCAACGAUCAUCUGCUUAUGGCUGCUCCAAAACCUGUCUUGAAGAGGUCGUCUACAACAGGUGUCAUAACUAUUGAUAAAGGGAACAACAAUAAUGCCCCUAGCACGAAGGAUAAAAAGCAGCUUCUCCGGCCAUCUAUCAUGUUUUCUAAAAGGUAUGCUUCCUUUUCAGACAUCUCCAAACUGUCACAGCGGUCACCGGUUCUUUUCGUAGAAGAAGAAGAAUCGGCCGGGGACUCGAAUGCUAAAGAUGAUUCGGGGCAUCUCUUCGCCAAACAAACAUCAAGCGUUGGCCUUCUGAACUUUAUGGUUAACGCUAACUCUACCACCAACCUCAACAGCAUUACGAUAGGCGAGGAUUCCAUGAACAAGGGAUCUUGUGAAAAUUGUGAGAACGCCAUCUCUUCCAGUUUGAGCAAAUACUCCAAUGUUCCACAGGGAGGAAGCUCGCUUAAGAACUUUCUUUCCAAGAGUUCCCUCAGUCUUACAUCGCUCUUUGGCCAGGGUAAGACUGAUCGCAAGUCGAGACCUAAUGGUCAACGUACCUUUUCCAACGAAAGUUUGAAAGCGUCCAAGGAUUCAGUCAGCGACAAGUCUGCUGUUUCUGGAGCUUCAGCACCGUUGGUCGAGGACUCGACCGAGAACCAGGAAUCUUCAGCCAUGUCUAGUUCUGUUGGGAACCACAGCAGGUCUGUCAAGACGUCGUCCAUACCGGCAAAGGGUUUUGAGCCGUCUGUCGAAGUGAGUGGCUCGCUUAAAGACUCGUUACUCAUAGACCACAGAUUGGGAAAAGUGCCACUCCCAGAACGAGUAAUCAGCGACGACGACUUAUUUGGUGGCCAAGAAAGAUUGGUGUUGGACGAAGAUAAUGAUGACUAUCACUCCAAAGGAUGGUAA